AUGAAGUGCGUGGUUCUCAAGCAGGGAGCCAACCUGUCAAGAAUCAAAAGAAGAGGAAGUCAAAACAAGUCCUGUGAUUCUUUCUUCUCACUGUUUUCAGGACUCUGGGGCCUGGUCAACAAUGCUGGCAUCUGUGUCUUUGCUGUCAAUGAGUGGAUGAGCAAACAGGACUUUGCAACUGUACUGGAUGUGAACCUGUUGGGCAUGAUCGAGGUGACACUGAACAUGCUGCCCUUAGUGAGGAAGGCAAGGGGCCGCAUUGUCAAUGUCUCCAGCAUCCUGGGUCGAGUGACUCUUUGUGGUGGUGGUUACUCCAUCUCCAAGUAUGGUGUAGAGGCCUUCUCAGACUCCCUCAGGAGGGAGCUCUCCUAUUUUGGGGUGAAGGUGGCUAUCAUAGAGCCUGGUGGUUUCAAGACAAAUGUCUCUGAUGUCAAGAGGCUAUCACAUUACUUAGAGAAGCUGUGGGACCAGGCCACCUCAGAGGUCAAGGAGAUUUAUGGCGAGAAGUAUCUGGACUCCUAUGUGGAAACAAUAAAGUCAUCUGUGGACACAUGCUCAGAGGACCUGUCUGUGGUGACUGACUGCAUGGAGCAUGCUCUGACUGCCUGUCAUCCUCGAACCCGAUACUCAGCUGGUUGGGAUGCCAAGCUAUUCUAUCUUCCCUUGAGCUACAUGCCCACAUUUCUUGUGGAUGCCAUUUAUUAUUGGAAUUUUCCAAAGCCUGCCCAAGCCCUCUGAAUCUUCAUGUGUGUGGAGACUUGGGGAAGUAGGGUGGGUGGAGGAAGAUAAUGACGUGGGGGCACAUUGUUCACAGUACUCACUAAAAUAAUUCUGCUUUCAUACCACUCAAAACCAGAGGAAACUUUACCACUUAAAGUUCAGAGGAAAGAGCCAAAGAAUUCUGCCAAGGGGUAGUGAUUCAAAGGGGCUGGCAAUAGUCUGUGAAUUUAGGCAGGUUCCUAAGGUUUGCUUCAUCAUAGCCUAGUUUGAGAAUCCACAGAACUGCAGAGGUUUUAAAUACCUAGGACAUGGUUUGCCUCUUGUCCCCACCUCAUUAUGUGCAUGGGCCUGGCUACUCAUGACAUCAUGGAAGAUUGAAUGAAUCCACUUCACAAUCACCUUUCUCCAUGGUGUCAGGUGGAAUGGCCACCACCAGAACUUCAUGCCCUAAUGCGGUGUCAGCAGGCUGUGCUUAGGAGGUGGUUUUGCUGGUGAGAUAGAGUCUGGCUAAGAUAGAAAACAUAACAACAACAACAACAACAAUUUUUAUUCAUCUUAAAACCAUGGCUUUCUUUGGAAUCCUUUCAUUUCAGAAUAAAAGUUGAAAGAUUA